AUGCCUCCCAUUCAGAAUCAAAUAUCCGCCAGCGCAUUCCGAGCCAGCCUUCUAACCUUUUUGUGGUUUUUCGUACUCGUUGUCUCCGCCAGUGUCCGUCAGCCCCGGUCUGAUAUUGUACAGGAAAGAAAGAAAAAAACAGUUUGGACGACCGGGGAGGGUGAUGCAAUGCACGUGGCAAAACACCAUCGAGGACGGACGGAAACAGACGAAACACUCAAUCCAAGAACAAAGAGACAUAAGACAAGAGAGCGGAACAUUAAUUUAUCGUGGGUAAUUUUGAACUUUUUUUCCCAACUGAAUCGAAACAUGCAAGCAGACAUCAACAUGAGGGGAGAGUAUAGGAUGAGGGUAGAAUGA